AAGAGGUACCUGCUACAUACUCUUUGGCCUGCGACGAAGAAUUUUAGUGUUUUGAAUUAAGUCGCGAGAGUCAGACGCAGCAGUGGUCAAGUGGUCAGUACCCAUAAGUACCGUAGUACGACCUGGUGCAAGGUGAGUGCUUUGGCGAGACGAUGGCGAAUGCGGAGAGCGGUACCACCCAGAAAAGUAAAGUAGAGGAAAAAAUUGCCGUCGAAGAUGAGAAGGAAUUAGACGAAACUUCAUCAUGUCUGUAUUAUCGCUACGUUCAAGUAGCUCUUCUGUUCUUCAUGAUGCUGUUUCUCUUCGCCAUCCGCAAUUGCUUUAGCGUAGCAAUCGUUGCCAUGACUAAAAACAUCUCUAGCAAUCCAGACGUUCCAACGUAUACUUGGACGAAUCAGAAUAUAAUCAUCUCCUCGUUCUUCUGGAGUUAUGCAGCGUUGCAAUUUUUUGCGGGACACUUGGCUCAAACCUUCGGCACAAGAUGGUUCCUUUUUUCUACCGUUUUGGUCAACUCAGUCUGCUGUAUAUUAAUUCCCUUUAGUGCUGCCCUUCUAGGAGGUAGCGGUGUCAUGGCCUGCAGAAUAAUGCAAGGUCUGUUCCAAGGGUUUAUGAUACCCCUUGUAAGCAACAUGUUGGGCAGAUGGGCUCCUAUCAAGGAAACGUCAACCCUUAAUUCUGUAGUGUUCACUGGUGUCUAUGUGGGUAGUAUUUCGUCCUACAUCAUCACUGGCUAUUUUUCCGCAUCUUCCUGGGGAUGGCCGGCAGCCUUUUACUUUUUUGGCUCGCUGGGUAUAGUGUGGUGCGUCUUUUGGCUGCUGUACAGUGCAGAAAGUCCAGCUCAUCAUACGAAGAUCUCCCAUAUAGAGAAAACGUACAUCCAACAGUCAUUAGGGCAACACACUGACGACUUAGUAAGUACGAGGAAUAUUCCCUGGAGCGCCAUCUUGACAUCUUUACCGUACUGGUCCAUUGUAAUUGCUGCCAUAGGAGAGUCGUGGGGUAGUACUUUGCUCAACUCGGAACUACCAACAUAUUUAAGCUAUGCGAUUGGAUUGGAUAUACAAAAGAGCAGCGUCUUUACAGCGUUACCUACGGUGGCCAGCUUGAUAGUAACCCUAGGAUGUGGCCCAUUAGCUAGUUUUGCGGUGAACCGAGGCUACAUCUCCAAAAUUAACUCCAGGAGGUUCUUCCACGGGUACGGUUCCCUAGCCUUAACCGUCGGCUUGCUAGUUCUGCCCUAUCUGGACGACGUGACUUCGAUCGCUUGCGUACUGACCAUAACCGUGGGAUCCGGAUCGACUGUGGUGUGUGGUCAUCUAAUAAACCCGGUAGAUAUUUCUCCCAGGUUCGCUGGCGUUCUGAUGGGAUUUUCCAACGGUGCCGGACAGCUCGUCGCUAUUUUAGCACCAAUUUUGGUACAUUUCGUUGUAGUAGACUUGACUGACAAAGAACUAUGGAGGAUAAUGUUCAUCACAGCUGCCGUAAUUAUAGCCAGUACCGCACUGUUCUUCAUUGUUUUCUGCAAGACAGAGAGACAGUGGUGGGACGAGGGAGAGAAGAAAGAGACAAAAUCGCCACCUAGCGGUGAAACGAACAAAGCUUACGAGGCUGAAGUGACGACGACGUGAAGAUCCGAGUUCUGUUUGAUUUUCUCAUUUUUUUUGAAAAAAUAGUAUUAUAAAUAGCUUUAUCUUGUUUCGUGUCUACGAACGUAAGAACUUAUUUC